UUUUAACUGAGUUAGUUCAGCCCAAAAGAAGAGGGAGAAUUUACCUCGAUCUCUCCUCUCGUCUCGUUCUCUCGCCAUCUCUCCUGACUCCUAGUCUCCUACUCUUCCAUUUUUCGUUUUUUCUCGCAGCAAGUUGGGUUCUUGUUGCUGCCAUUGUGGUUGGGAAGGCAAUUGCAUAUCUUUUAUUCGUCACUCUACUAAGCAAUUUUACUUUCAUCGUAGUAGUAAAUGGCGAGUACGGCGUGUUUUAUGAUCGUGAGUCGCACUGAUAUCCCCAUCUACGAAGCUGAGUUGGGUUCUGCAUUGAAAAAAGAAGAUGCUGCACAGCAGCACCAGUUUAUACUACAUGCUGCUUUAGACAUAGUCCAGGACCUUGCAUGGACAACCAGUGCAAUGUUUUUCAAAGCAAUAGACAGAUUCAAUGAUUUGGUGGUGUCUGUAUAUGUUACUGCAGGUCAUACACGAUUCAUGCUUCUUCAUGACUCUCGUAAUGAGGAUGGAGUGAAAAGUUUCUUUCAGGAGGUGCACGAGUUGUAUAUCAAGAUUCUGCUCAAUCCCCUCUAUCUACCCGGCUCCCGCAUUGCAUCAUCACAUUUUGACACAAAAGUCCGGACCCUAGCUAGAAAAUAUCUGUAAUAUGGAUGUUGAAAGCAAAAAGAUCUGAUCCUGUUGCUGGAUUAGAUUGAAAGCUGUUGUGUGCUCAAGCUUUAAUUUGGCUAACAUUUCGGUUGCAAAAAUAUUUGGGUUUAUAUGAUAUUUUAGUUAUGAAGGCAAUAUGAUGUAUCAUGUUUGUUGAAUGUAAAAUAUUUUGCCGUCCCUGUAA